CAUUCAAGUGUCCUAUUAGGAAGUAAUCCAGUUAAACUUCCUUCUUCAUUGUAUAUUCAUUUAUAUUAAAUUGAUAGAUUAGCUAAAGGUGUUAAUUGAAACAUGGAAAAUAUUGUGCUGUUAUCGUCAUUAUUUGCUAACGUGUAUGCAGGAUCUUGCUACUACAAACAUACGGAUCCAACUUACUAUACCUCUACCUAUGAGUACUGCCUUGCUGGCUGCUGUGGGGCCGAUAAACAAGGUGGAUUAAAACAUUGCUGUAACUCGACAGGGGCUACUAUUGGGAUUCUGAUUGCUGUAGUGGUCUUCGUGGCGUUGGUGAUCACAGCUGUAUACAUGUAUAGACGACGAAGACGUAGAGUUUUACACGGUGGAUCGACUGAACAAGACAGAUUGGUGAUACCAGGUUAUCAGUCAACAGAAAGUCAUACAAACUUUCAGAGACAAGCAAAGAAUAUUUACCAGUAAACAGAAACAGAUCAAGGAAUUGUGUGUUCACCAAAGAGUACUAUAUAAAGUCCGUACAGCAGACAUAAUACUACUUUGUUAACAAUAAAAUCAUCUUCGAUA